AAAGUAUCUAGAGGAAAGGCACAAAUCGCACAACAGACUGUGAUUUACCUGGGAUGUGAAAUUUCACAAGGGCAACGAAAACUAGGUACUAAUCAUAUCCAAGCUAUUUGUGUUAUUCCAGAGCCCCAGAAUUUACAUGAGCUGCGAGUCUUCCUCGGGAUGGCAGGAUGGUGUCGCUUGUGGAUCAUGGACUAUGGACUGAUUGCAAAACCCCUGUAUGAAGCUCAGAAGAUGCAGCCAUUCACCCGGGGCAAACCACAGAAAGAAGCCUUCCUAAAAUUAAAGGAAGCACUGACAACUGCUCCAGCACUAGGGUUACCUGAUCUGUCUAAAGAUUUUCAGCUGUUUGUACAUGAAAGGCUGCACCUAGCACUAGGAGUCCUGACCCAAGGUCUGGGAAGCUGGAAAAGGCCGGUGGGCUACUUUUCCAAACAACUAGACAACAUAAGUGCCAGGUGGCCCCCAUGUCUGCGAGCAGUCGCAGCUACUGUGAUCCUGAUACAAGAAGCCAGGAAACUUAAUAUGGGAAGGCACACAGAUGUCUAUGUACCACACAUGUUUGUGCCCAUUACAUCUUGUCCUGUCACUAGGCACAUUGAGUCUGCCUGCAUCUUCUUUACCUCUCCAUGA